CUCUCUCAGGCGAGUCCCUUCCCCGAAUCUCCGGACAAGCAACGGCUGGCAACAGUACAAACAGGCGGCGAGCUCUAAUUUUUCCAUCAAAUCUCUCUGUCUAGAGUCUAGUCUCUACAGAUAUAUCACACACACAGCUAUGAGGAUUGGGAAAAGUUUUCCACCAUCUUCUUUCUCUUCAGUCCCUGACUUAGAUCCCCAACACCACCGGUCACCGGUGGCGCAACAGCACCAUCUACAAGGUAGUUUAAUCAGAGAACUACAGGCGGCAACACACAGGCGGCUCCAGCCUCCAAUAACUGCGAUCUGCCCAAGCUACUGAGAUUGAAAGGGGGAUAGCUAGUGGUGAACGAGAGACUGGUAAAUGGGCUAAUCAGAUGGGUACUUUGCAUCGAGCUGGUACUACUCGUUGGAGCUCACAUUUUGAAUC